AUGGCAACCGGUUUCAGUUAGUCUGAAAUGAAAAAGAUGGGACCUGAGGAGGAGAAACGACACCUGCUGAAUGGGGACAUCGCUGUCCAGGUGGUGAGGGGCGGAGCCACACGGACACUGAACAGGUCCGUUGUGAGCGCUCGCCGCAGAAAGAAGAAACUCGGCCCCCAGCUGGUGCGGGCGGGGCGGAGCCUGGUGGCGUUUCUCUUUGGCCUUCUGCUGGCGUUUAUUUAUGGACUGCUGGGCUUCUUGCUGCAGAAACAGCCACUGCGGUUCUGCGUCAACUCCACACUGGUUCUGGCCGGGCUCAUCGCGUUUGGCAUGGGGCUGUCAGUAGGUUUCCGGGCCAGCAUCAUGGUCAUGCUGCCCACCUUGUUCUCAGCACGCGGCAUCCUGAUCCUGUAUGUGUCGGCGGUGGUGUCCGGGCCCAUGAGGAACACGAUGGAGAACACGGAGCGGGCCGCUGCCAGCCUGCUGUGUAGCGCCGAGCUGGCAGCCAAUCAGACGAAAGAGCUGAUGCAGAAAGCGGCCACGCCUCUCUUCUCUGCCAUUGAUGAAAUCAGAAAGAUCAGCAGAAACGCGUACGCCGUGGCAGGAAGAGUCCAAAACUUCAUCAAUACUCUGACGGACAGCGUCCGCCAUGUUGCGCGGACCCUGAGGAACGUCCUUCACUUCCUGGUGGACAUUGGAGACAUCUGCAACGAUAAAAUGGGCGCUCCGUACAGGAAGUGCCGGGAUCUGUUCGCCCAGGGUCGGAAAGACUGCAACAACCUGCUGAAGGAGUUCAACUUCCUUUGUGAAAUCGUAGACGCCUUUCUGCCGCUUUGCAACCUCGCUCGCGCCGGAGAGCUGUUCUGCAUCAUCCCGUCGUACGUGGCUUCCCACCUGAAGCGGCACCUGGCGGAGCCCACGGUCGCCGCGUUCAGGAAGCUGAUGCAUGAGUUCGACUUCAACCUGUCGUCCACGGUUACCUUCGAGGUGGACGCCAACGCCAGCCGCACACUGCAGCAGGUCUCCCAGCAGAUCCUGGCCGACAUCUCCGCUGACCUGCAGAGUUUCCAGACGCUGACCAAGCUGCUGGCCUACACCAACUUCCUGCUGCUGGGCUUGUCCUUCCUCAGGGCAUUGAUGUACCAGCGCCAGUACCUCCGGGAUCUGCGCUUUGAUAACUUAUACAUUAGCGCUCAGUUUAGACAGCUGGACCAGCAGGUGGCGUCGGAGGGCGGAGCUUCGGUUCUGCCGCUGACGCGCAGAGAGGCGCAGACCUACGUGACGCCACUGUCUCUGCGCCUGACGCAGCAGGAGCGGCGCGGCAUGCUGGUGCAGAUGGCCUCCGUCUUCAGGCACCUGGUGGCGGGCGGCCUGAUCGUGGUGAUGGACUUCCUGGUCUUCUGGAUCGUGGACCAGGUGCACCACCAGGUGGAGGUGGACGUGGUCGCCAGAGCCCCUUACCAGGUAGCGGUCCAGGUGAACGGGUCGGGUUACGCCUCAGACAUCUUCAGAGACCUGGUGGCGUCUUUCAACGUCUUCCAGACAGGAAACAUCACCGUCAUCAGCAGGAAGUGCCUGGUGCAGCCGCAGGAGCCCGACCACAGAAUCAACUUCCUGCUCGGUUUCCUGCUGGGUAUGGCUCUGGUCAUCUCUCUGUUCAGAGGAUUCGUUCAGCGCCUCAAACGGAUCUUCUGUGCUUUUUAUUAUCCGGAUCAAGAACAGGAGAGGAUCCGGUUCCUGCACCAGCACAUCCUGAGCGAGAGGCUGUCUGUGGGCCGGGCCCUCAGGAGGUCUGCGAUCCGACACCUGGCCGACCGGGCCGCCGGCGCCGGCACCAGUUGCAUGCAGGCGCUGCUGAGGCGGCUGCCAGGUGGAGCCUACCUGUCCUUCCUCACCGGAUCCUCCUGCCUCACCUGUCUGGGCUGCAACGAGCCCGUCAGGCAGAAGGACGACCAAACCGGCGUCUGUGACGUCUCGGGAUGCUCAGGCGUUUUCUGUCGGACGUGUUUCCACAGCCUAGGAAACGUGUGCGCCGUCUGCAUUCGACCUCUGACCUCCCAGGAAGACGGCGAGGAGGAGCUAGACUCCAGUGACGAUGAGCAGCUCCCCCUGUGGUCCGAGGCCCUGAACUCGGCCCGGUCGGCCCGGUCUGACCAGGACAGUGGCGACUACGUCAGCGCUCCCAGUGAAGUAGACAUGGCGUACCAGGACCGGUCCGGGUCUUCGGACUCCGACAGCGACUCCUACUCGUCAGAAGCCCUCACUGAGAUUCGAGUUCAGACUCCGGGUCGUCAUGGAAACCAACAGUCUAGUGUUGCAAUAAACUGAAUGUUAUGAAUAAUAAACAUAUUUUUACCUUCAGCUGAA